UUUCAUCUAUUCCUUCUCCGAGACGACUGUAAGAUCUCCUAUGAGCCCAUCGUUCGGGACCUCUUUAAGGACGUUCACAUACAGACGAAGCAUUGAUACCACAUAUUAAGGACAUCUAGGCUAUGUGUAGCCUACAAUGCUGCAAAUCAAUGAGACCGAAGGAUCAGUUCUGUAAUUUAAAGAUAUGAAAACAAUAACAGCACUAUACAUUACGACACCAUCAAGCGGUGAACAGUUUGCAGAAUCUACCCGAAAUCGUUCAGCCCGUAGCUAUAUUAUAGGGAAAUCUUUAUGUUGUCCUAUUUUACCUUGUAGCGAAGAUUCUACGGGGAUUGACGCUGCAGACUUCGCGUGGGACGUUUCUAUUUGAUCUCUGCGGGUUAUUCUCCCCUCCGAAGACCACGGAUUACUUCUGUUCGCGGAUAAAUGGAUACGGAAUAAUAAUAAAAACCCGUCGACGAGAUGACCAUGCUUUGAACCGCGGUGCUGCAUAAACUAUAACUUGUCUGGGGGGGUUGGCAGUUUCGCUUCGAAAUGGAUGAGUUUCAUCCGUUCAUCGAGGCCCUUCUGCCGCAUGUGCGUGCCUUCGCCUACACCUGGUUCAACCUGCAGGCGCGCAAACGCAAGUACUUCAAGAAGCACGAGAAAAGGAUGACUAAGGACGAAGAGCGGGCAGUGAAGGACGAGCUGCUGGGAGAGAAGCCCGAGGUCAAGCAGAAGUGGGCGUCGCGUCUGCUGGCCAAACUGCGCAAGGACAUCCGGCCUGAGUGCCGCGAGGACUUUGUGCUGUCUAUCACAGGGAAGAAGACCCCCUGCUGCGUCCUCUCUAACCCUGACCAGAAGGGCAAGAUGAGGAGGAUCGACUGCCUGCGUCAGGCCGACAAGGUGUGGAGGCUGGACCUGGUCAUGGUCAUCCUGUUCAAGGGCAUCCCGCUGGAGAGCACGGACGGAGAGCGCCUGGUCAAGGCUGGGCCGUGCAACAACCCCAUCCUCUGUGUCCAGCCACACCACAUCAGUGUCUCGGUCAAGGAGCUGGACCUCUACCUGGCCUACUUCGUACAGGAGAGAGAGUCAGAGCAGAGCAGUAGCCCACGCACAGGUAUUGGGUCAGAUCAGGAGGAUAGCCGAGCUGCCACCAUGGAUGCUCCUGAGUUUCAGGAAAGCUUUGUGACAUCAGGAGUUUUUAAUGUAGCAGAGCUGGUGCAAGUGUCCAGAACUCCGGUGGUGACCGGGGCAGGCCCUAACUUCUCCCUGGGGGAGCUGCAGGGGCACCUGGCCUACGACCUCAACCCCUCAGGGGUGGGCAUGAGGAGAACCCUGCCUAGUACCUCGUCCAGCGGGAGUAAGAGGCACAAGUCGGGCUCCAUGGAGGAUGAUGUGGACACCAGUCCUGGAGGGGAGUACUACACCUCUCCCAACUCCCCGGCUAGCAGCUCCCGCAACUGGCAGGAAGACCUGGAAGGAGGCAUGUCCCCUGGAGUAAAGAAGACAGAGAUGGACAGCCCGUCUCCUCAGGAGAGCUCCCCACGUCUCGGCUUCACACAGCACCACCGGCCCGUCAUCGCAGUGCACAGUGGGAUCUCUCGGAGUCCGCACCCUUCCUCGUCUUUGCACUUCCCCACCACCUCCAUCCUGCCCCAGUCCACCUCCUACUUCCCCCACACCGCCAUCCGCUACCCGCCACACCUCAGCUCCCAAGACCCGCUGAAGGACCUGGUCUCCCUGGCCUGUGACCCGUCCAACCAGCAGCCCAGCCCACUGAAUGGCAGUGGUCAAGUGAAGUUGCCCAGUCACUACAUCUCCUCCCAGAUGCUGGCGCCUCCUCCGCCCCCCGGCAUGCCCCGUCUGACGCUGCCCUCCGACUCCAAGUCCAGCACCACCACCUCGGACGGGGGAGCCAACUCCCCCACGUCACCCACAUACUCAGCUCCAGGGACGCCCCCUGCCAACCGCCCCUUUGUAGGGAUUGGACCUCGAGACCCUGGCGGACUCUACCAGGCACAGUCCUGGUACCUGGGGAACUAAACAACACAAGGACACGUGGAUUUGAGAUUCAACACUUUUUGUGGAAUUAAGAAAAAUAAAAAAAGAGAUGCAAGAGGGAAAAUGUAUAUAUAUGCAGUAUAUAUACAGUAUGUAUAUAUAUAUAAAUAUAUGUGUGCAUAUAUAUUUAUAUAUGUAUAUCAACAUAAAAUGUGCUUCACAACACCUUUUUGGAAAAUAAAGACAGAGGGGGAGAGAGCGAGGCCAAGGAGAGAAAGAAGAUAGAAAGAGAAGAGGAUGUUUGGGCAGCCAAAAUGAACUGUGGGGCAGAGACAUGACCCCAGUACCCCCCCCCCCCCCCCCCCCCCCCCCCCGCUACAGGUGCUGCUUCUUCAUAUAUGCAAAAUAAGUAUCCUUUAUUUUCUUAAUCAACAAGAAAGAGAAGAAUUCAGUUCCUGUGAUCAGACUUUUCCACACUUCUUCUGGGACGGUAAUUAUUUUUGAAAGUAGGGAGGGGAGGCUGGUUGCACAUGGUCAAUAACCUCCCUUUACCUGCAGAAACAAAAGUCUACUUUUCAUCAAAUUUGAUAGACAAUCAUGUAGUUACUUCAUUUAAAGGGGGGGGGGGGGGUUCAAGAUUUCCUUUAACCUGUCCACAGUCCAUUUUUUAAUAUUUUUUUUUAUUAACACUGAGCUAUAGUGGCUUGCAAAAGUAUUCGCCCCCCUUGGCAUUUUUCCUAUUUUGUUGCCUUCCAACCUGGAAUUAAAAUGGAUUUUGGGGAGGUUUGUAUCAUUUGAUUUACACAACAUGGCUACCACUUUGAAGAUGCUAAAUAUUUUUUAUUGUGAAACACACAAGAAAUAAGACAAAAAAACAGAAAACUUGAGCGUGCAUAACUAUUCACCCCCCCAAAGUCAAUACUUUGUAGAGCCACCGUUUGCAGUAAUUACAGCUGCAAGCCUCUUGGGGUAUGUCUAUAUAAGCUUGGCACAUCUAGCCACUGGGAUUUUUUCCCAUUCUUCAAGGCAAAGCUGCUCCAGCUCCUUCAAGUUGGAUGGGUUCCACUGGUAUACAGCAAUCUUUAAGUCAUACCACAGAUUUUCAACUGGAUUGAGGUCUGGGCUUUGACUAGGCCAUUCCAAGACAUUUAAAUGUUUCCCCUUAAACCCCUCAAGUGUUGCUUUAGCAGUAUGAUUAGGGUCAUUGUGCUGCUGGAAGGUGAACCUCCGUCCCAGUCUCAAAUUUCUGGAAGACUGAAACAGGUUUCCCUCAAGAAUAUCCCUGUAUUUAGCGUCAUCCAUCAUUCCUUCAAUUCUGACCAGUUUCCCAGUCCCUGCUGAUGAAAAACAUCCCCACAGCAUGAUGCUGCCACCACCAUGCGGAUGGUGUUCUCUGGGUGAUGAGAGGUGUUGGGUUUGUGCCAGACAUAGUGUUUUUGUUGAUGGCCAAAAAGCUCAAUUUUAGUCAUCUGUCCAGAGUACCUUCUUCCAUAUGUUUGGGAAGUCUCCCACAUGCCUUUUGGUGAACACCAAACGUGUUUGCUUAUUAUUUUUUUUACUUGAAGCAAUGUUUUUUUUUCUGGCCACUCUUCCGUAAAGCCCAGCUCUGUGGAGUGUAUGGCUUAAAGUGGUCCUAUGGACAGAUACUCUAAUCUCCGCUGUGGAACUUUGCAGCUCCUUCAGGGUCAUCUUUGGUCUCUUUGUUGCCUCUCUGAUUAAUGACCUCCUUGCCUGGUCUGUGAAUUCUGGGGUGCGGCCCUCUCUUGACAGGUUUGUUGAGGUGCAAUAUUCUUUCCAUGUUUUAAAUAAUGGAUUUAAUGGUGCUCCGUGGGAUGUUGAAAGUUUGGGAUAUGUUUUUAUAACCCAACCCUGAUCUGUACUUCUCCACAACUUUGUCCCUGACCUGUUUGGAGAGCUCAUUGGUCUUCAUAGUGCUGCUUGCUUGGUGGUGCCCCUUGUUUCAUAGCAAAGGGGGUGAAUACACAUGCACGCACCUCUUUUCAUAUUUUUUUUUUCAUUUCACCUCACCAAUUUGGACUAUUUUGGUUAUGUCCAUUACAUGAAAUCCAAAUCAAAUCCAUCUAAAUUACAGGUUGUAAAUGCAACAAAAUAGGAAAAACGCCAAGGGGGAUGAAUACUUUUGCAAUGCACUGUACGUAUCUUUUAUGAGGCACGGAUCAGAAGGAUCAGGUUUUAGAGCAGUACAGAGCAUCAGGUACUGUAACAGGUGUUUGUAAGUCUUCACAAUAACUGAGACACCCUUUUGUGCCUGUCAACUGUUGUGUAUUUGUGUUGACAUUUGUUUGUGUGUGCAUACAAUUCAGACAUAAUGAAACCCCCUCUCCCUAUCCUUGCCCCACUCUUGAGAUAAUAUUGCAUAAAGUUUGGAUUAAUGUAGAUAACGGGGGUUUAUUCUGCACAGUGACAAAGGAGAACAAAAAUAGUUUUGUCACUAUUGAGAAAGUAUUGGGUGUAGAGGGGAGAUGGUUUCUUUAUUUUUGUGUGUAUUCCGUUUAAAUUGCGUUGGACAUUACAGGCAUUGCACUACUAUAAUUAAUGCAUUUUUCCUUUUUUAGCAGCUAUCUUUUGGCCUAUUCAUAUUAAAAUGUUGCAAGUCACAGGUAGUUUUAGGAUUAUGUUGUAGAAACUACUAUGUUGUGUUCUUUAGGUAGCAGGGUACAUGAGCUAUGAGUGUUUUCUGUCUUGAGCUAUCAAUUAGAACAAUCCAACCCUACUGUGUUUCAGAUAUUCUAUGCUCUAGUGGAAGUUUCCUUGUGUAUGUUGAGGUACAGGGAAUCCUGACAGGUUUAUGGCAUCACACCGUUGUGGAUCUCUCUCUACAUUCUGUGUAUCUACACAUCUUUAUUCUUUUACUCAUGCUGUUUUUAUAUCAUCGAAAAACUAAAUGAAUUCAUGAUUGUCUUUUGUACAGCAGAUCACAGACUUUAGAUGAGUCGAUGAGAUCAUUAGAAGCGUGGCUGUAAAGGUAACCAUUGAUAGUGCCACCAUUGGCCUAAGACCUAAUGGUUUCUAUGCCAAUGGCACUGCAUGAUUCCAUGUGUGCACAUGGCAGAAUUCUGGCUCAUUGAGAAGGAGCAACUGACUGGCCAGCAGUGUCCAUUACCAGUCUAUUUAGUAAGACCUAUCUUUAGAGGUUUUGUCCCUGGGUCUCAUUUGCUGAUGCAAUGCAAAGUUUGUGACAACAGACAUUGUUGCAGCAUGUUUUUGGAUGAAUGCAGAAUUCAUCUUUAUAAAUAGAAAACAACAUCAGGGCUUGAGACUCCUCAAUCAAACCCAAAUCAUAUAUACAGCCAUGAAAAGUGCCUAAGACGUAGCACGAGUUCUUUUCUCCUUUCUUUGUAUUUUAGUUUUUGCUUGUAUGAAGUACUGCAAGCCUCAAUGACUUCUAGGCAGGCAACAGAAGUGGUGGGAGAGAGAGGUGUGACGCACAGAGGGGGAGAAUGCAUGGAGAGCUCACAGCCCUAACCCGUCUCCAGCCAAAUGCACCUUUCUGAGCACAUUGAUGGUUAGCUGGGGACAAGCCAAGAAAAGACACAACAUAAAACCCUGCUAUCAGCAAUGACAUCAUGAAACCAACAUAUCAAAGCACUAUAUAUAUAUAAAGAGAGAGAGAGAGAGAGAGAGAGAGAUAGAGAGAGAAACUGUGUGUAUAGUUCAGAUAUGGCUUAUUUAAAACAGAAACACUUCUAAGGAAUAAUGUCAUACAUACUGGUUUCAAAAAGCUAACCUUUAAAUACGGCUUUGCAAUGGUGUUCCAAUUCACAUCUGUUAUCUAUAUACAGAAUACCUACAAUGACUUGUUUUAAAGGUGCUGAUAUGAAAUGACACUGAUAUAUAUUCAUGCAUGGUGCUUUCAAAAGAAAAUCAUCAGAUUCUAGCUCUAUUGACCACCAUAAUGCUGACAUGGGUGCAUGGCAGAAACUCUUACUACCCUUCUGAAGCUUACCCUCCCCACAAACCCCUCCAGCCCAAGCCACUCCUCCCUCUAAUCUAUGGAACAGAGAGUAAAUAAUACUGAUGGGUUCUUACCUUUUUACCUAUUCGUUUGGAUUUUUUAUUCCCUAUUGUUAACUUCUAUUUUGCACGAUAUUUUAUAUAACACAUUAUGUGCCUUGCCUUUAGUUAAGAACAAUAAUACAUGAUAAAAAUAAUGUAAAUUCAUUUCUCUUUUUAGUAUAACCGGUAACGCUGCAAAAAAGACAAAAAACAUUGCUGCAUGUUUGAUUGCUUGUCAUUAUCCAGUUUAGAUGAAUACAAUAGUAGAUUAAAGUAGUGACAGAUUGGAUUGUCUUUUCAUCCUUUUCCCUUUUGUGGGUAUUAUAGACUAGUAUUAUAGACUAGUAUUUGUCUUUCCAUCACAUGGAACCCUUGCUGCAUUUGAAUCUUGUUCAUUUCUUUGUUUUAUUAACUCUUGUGGCUUUCCCCUCUCAUUACGUCUUCCAGCUUGGUGUAAUACAGUAUGUGAAAUAUGCAAUUCUCGUUUCCUCUGCUCAGCAUUUGCUGAAGAUGUAUUUUGCCCCCUUUUUAAAGCUCUUCUUCAAUGAUAAAGAAUGUGUGGCAAGAAUGAGUGAAAAUGUGCAAUUACUCCAAUUCAAGGAGGGGCAACUUUUCUCCAUGCUAGCAAACACAGCUGAUUAAACCAAUUGUAUUUUAAUCUGAAGAUCUUGAUUAUUGGAGUCAGAGGACUGGAGUUGCUCAUCCCAGCUCCAAUUCAAGAUGUUGAUUUUUGCCUAUUUGAUUUGGUUGAUUAACUCUGCAACUGGAGGUCAGGGCUAGAGAGGGUAGAGAGCGGUGAAGGUUGUAGGUGACCAGUGAUCAGGCUCCUAGCAUGGAAUAGAGAUUUAAAGCACUGAGCUGGGCUCACAUUUCCUCCAGCACCAUGGCUACUUCUGCCCCUGCAGACAUUAUUUUUGGCACCAGAUGACCAGAGCUGAAUAUGGGGUACAUUUGUUCCCCCUAUUUUCUUACAUUACAUCCUAUGAAUCCCCUAUACGCAGAAAGGCAAAUCCAAGCACUUUAAUAUCUGUUCAAACGGGAACAUCACAAAAUAAUUCAUCUCUAUACAUAUAUUAAGCCAAGGGAAAUUACUAAUUUGGAAUUGUUUAAGGAUAAAGCUGAAGUUUCAGAGACAAAUUCUUUACAUGGAAUGCUAACUGUGUUAUUACGUAAUGUGUCAAUGGUGAGCAGUGCACAGUGCUUCACAUCUCUCUUUUUGUGUUUGUGUUUUAUGUAUGAGAGAAAGCGUUUGUGUGUGUGUGUGUGUGUAAAUGUUUGUGUGUGUGUGUUUGGCUAGGUAGCCUCACCUACCAUAGUACUUUGUCGGUUCUCAGAUUGCACAUACAUAAAUCACCUGAUAGCAAAGAGAGAGAGAGAGAGAGAGAGAGACUAUUUGGUGUGUUCAAAAAUGCUAAUUUAGGAAGACUGAAAAUCAAAGGAGAGCAAAAAAAGGGUUAUUAAUGCACUACUAGAUAGAAUUGUCUGAGGGGAGUAGAACUGUGUGACAAACUAGUGCUGUGAGAUGCAAUAAUGACAUGAAAAAUGCCCCUCCCCAAUUGUAUACCUUGAUCAGUAAUCUGUGAGUUAGAUGAACGUUUUUGCAUCUCACUGCAUUUCCAUGGGGUUAGGGGGUCAAAUUAUUUCACUGCGAAUAUGCACACUACCUGGAUUGAAAUUAAAUUAUCAAAAUCAGUAAAAUAAAGUUUCAUAACACUGGCUACAAUCGAAUGUUAAGCUUUAUGUACCACGUGUAGAUUAUUAUUUAGAUGGUGAGUAAGUGCGUAGUUUCAUUUUGAGGUCCUCCACAUUUAGGUCCAUUGUGUGGAAUCUACAAAUCCACUUUAUGUUGUUUUGAAUAUUAGCCCUGUACUUCAGAAGUAUCAACUGACCUAGUCAGAAUCACGGUAUUAGAGAAUGAAAACAACACAAAAUCUCUUCAUAGCUGACUUGCUGAUUUAAAAAUAUAUAUGUUUUACUGAAAGAUGCCAAGAUGCUUCAUUAGUUGUUGUUUUUUUUUUAUUAGAGGUUAGAUGAUAAUUUAUCAUUUCUUACUACGUAGUGUAAUGGGAGUAUAUCGAACAAGAGAGGAUAUUGUGUAUUUUUUCAGCAGGGUCAGAAAAGGCCAUGUAAAAGUUUGUUAUGCAGUGUACAGUAUUGUUUCUGUAAUGGAUAUCGCAAUGCUGGUAGCUAUUAACAUUUUGCUGCAAGCAAUUGAGAAUUGAAGAAAAAUGUCAGAACAAGAGGUAUUGUUUACAUGCCCGUCUUAAGAUCUUGGUGAUGACGGUUUAUGUGUCCCGGUCCACAGUCCCAGGUUGAAGUGGAGUGCUGUAGCAAAGGCAUUCCAUCAAAUCCAUACGAUCCUCAAGCUAAACCAAAUGCUGCGAUCAUUCAGCAAGCAAUUUGAUAUUUGUUAAACAGGUCAUGUGUUGAGGCAAGAGUCUGCUCCUGAUCAAAGACAUUAUGGGUUGUGUGUGACUUGUGUGUGUCCCUGGGGUCUUUCAUUCAUCCAAAAAGGAAAAGACCAACUGAUGUGUUAACCAUACACAACACCGUACAGUCAAUGAUCUAUCUAUAUGGAGCCCAAGGCCCAUAAUCAAGUCACAAUAUUCUCCUUCUAGUUUUCAGCACAAAGUCCAAUUACUGCUGUAGUAUCUGAGGGCUCCAAAGUGCUAAUGUUUGAUAGCUCUGAAGAAUUCUGAAGCUUACUGUAUGUCGACUUAUUAGGCAUUUCAAAAUACUACAUUUCUACGUUUUCAAUACAAUUAGUGGAAAUAGAUCAAUUAUCCUCUGUAAAGUUCCCCUCUGGUUCUAACUGUACAGUAGCAGCAGACACUGGAGCCUCAUGACAUUUCCUGUGAAGAUUUGCACUGCUCCACACUCACCUCUCCAGUUCAGUUUACCCUCCAGCCUGGGUCUGACUGGGACACAUAGGGACAGGGGUCUGACGCCACCAUAGUCUAGCCAGCACAGUGGUUCUACAAUAGGUGUUCAGCACACAGUCUUCUUAUUUCAUUUGCUUUUUGUAACUAAACACAGCUCUACAGUAUAUUGUUAUGACACCGACAGAGACUUUUAGAGCAGGGUGCUACCCCCCAACACUUUUUAAAGUGACCACAGGUGAUGGAUGAACUUACUCUGAAAGACAUUAAUAUGCAUUCAAUACUGACACAUUUAAAAUAUGAUCUUAUUUUAUUUCAAAACCCUUACUAAUGUUUUUGUAGUAAUUAUUGUGAUUAUUGUAGGAUUGUUCCAUUUUGGACUCAUUAUCCUAUGUAUAAAUGCUUACAGUAUAUCAAUGAGAAUGAAAAAGACAAAAUGUAUAUAAAAAAACCGUUUUUUCUGUAUUGUAUAAGAAAGUACAUGUUUAUGUUGUGUGUUUAAAUUUAGUUGUCUUAAGUUGUGGCCAAGCCACAAAAUAUAAUAAUUACUUCUUAAGGAUCUGCUAUGGUUGGUGUGAGCUCACCACCGAUUGCUGCAUGCCUUUUUAAAGAAGGUACCUGUAUUUGAUUUUAUCAAUCCUGAAACCUGGACAGUAAUUUCAGCAUCACUUGUUGUCAUUUUAAACAGAGACAAAACCUUCAGUAAGCCUCAAGGGGAUAUGCAAAUUCCAUUGCCAUUUCUUUUUGCUUUUCCCCCCACAAUUCAUCUAACAGUUCUGCAUUUCUGUUUUUGAACUGUUGUCGUGCUUCAAAGAACUCACACACUUUCCUUCUAUUUGGACGAUUGCACUAGAUAAACUGGUAUUGACUAUUUUGUUUGAGGAAACUUUUAAAGAUGUACUUCUCUGGAAAUCUUUCUGAAGCUCAACCUUUGAUGUAUAGGAAUGCUGAUUGUGUGAGAGAGACGGAGCGAGAAAGUGAGAAAACAGCUGCUUGUAACAAGCUAAGAAUAUUAUUCCCCGUGUGCCCCUUUCGUCGUUUAUAGUUAGAGAACUCACUGAGUUCAUCACUUCAAAGUCCACCCAGGUGGUACAUUUUUGGUUUGUGGGAUUCAGGCUUGAAAAGUUAUUGGUUCAGUCCUAGACAAUCAACGUCAGGGCUGACAGUCGUAAUAGUUUUGCCGUAGUCCAUACAAGGUGUGAUCAGUGUGUUUGUGUGUGUUUUUGGUCAGGAACGGUGUGCAGAUGAAGCACAGUCCUCUGGUGGUGCAGGUGUGAGGCCCCACACUGCUCCGAGUGCCUUUCUUCUCGCAGUGAGGCGUUGUUGUGAAUGUUACUCUAGUUUUACUCAAGGAUGCACUGCUCUGCUCCAACCAGAGACGUGCUAUUGAUUGAUGUGAGGCUGAGGGAGGUGUGUGUGGUAGCUCAUGCUGCAGCUGCAACAGGUAUGGGUCCAGAAUGACAAGAGAAGUCUUUACACAUGGUGCACCACAACCUUGAAGAUUAGAAUAUGGAAAAAGUUAAUUUACUAUAUUGGCCUUUGAAUUUCCUUCACGUCUUUUUAACGGAUGUAAUUUAUCAUUAUGCAAUUGAUACAGUAUAUAGAUUAGAAUGAUGUAGUUUAUUGUGUUCCAUGCCAGAACUCUGAAUUUCCCCUAUGCAAUUAAGGGCUGGUAUACCCUGUCAGGGUAAACACCUGGGAAUCUGAUACCUAUUAAUAUGAAUUCAUAAGUUCGUAGUUACUCUUAGCAACAAUCACUAUCCAGACAGACUCUUAAGAUGAUUUAUUUACCUAAAAUUAGAAUUGGCACUGGAUUAAAAUGGUCCCGUUCGAGUUUCAAGAUUAUUUCUUCAGAGAGAUGAAAUACUUAGCAGCACGCCAGUCAAAAGUGUAGAAUGACCAGACUUGUAUGUUUGUGAGAGUUUUAGGGGAUCAGUAGAUGGUGAGCCAAGCCACGAUCAGUUAGAUAAAGGUAGUGGUUUUACUUUUAUUUUAUUUUGUUUUUCCUAUUCCCCUCAAUAAUCAGUUAGUGGUGUUUUUUAUGCAAACUGAGGUAAAAUCUCAAACGAGAAGGUGAGCGGUAAACACUCUCCAUAAUCCUCUUGUUACUGUAUGAAGAGACAUCAAGCACAGAAUAGAGGCCACAACUCUCAGAGAGGUGUCACAAUAUACUUUUUUGUGGUGAAAUGUGCUUCUGUUCACACAGUGUAUAAAGCUAACUGUUAUGUUUGGUCUCUAUAUUUUACUUUCAACAAACCAGCAGGUAAAGCAACACUUACAUGUGAAUACUGAAUACCAAAAAUGAUUUCAACAAGCAGUGCCUGUCAUUUUACUGCUAAUUCUUUUUCAUUUAAUUUCUGCCAUUGCCCUUCUCAAGUUCUGAUGUACAUAGUGUUUGUACUCUAAGCUGCUGGAGGUCAUUCUGACGUUGUGUGGGACUGUGUUUAGUGCCUGAGCCCCACUCUCACAUUGGCUUCUGCUCAUAGCUUUCCACACAAACUGUCCCAAUGAGGUCCUACUGUACUCUGCUACAAGGUGAAGGGCACCCACUGGCCAAUGGCAAUGGCCUUUUGCUAUGGAGGUGAAAAGCCAUAAAAACCAAGUGCAGUUAUGGAGAUCUGUUCAUGUUAUUGAUGAUCCAUAUCACAGACUUAGUGACAUGUCAACACCAAGAAGCCCCACCCACAAUAGAGGAAAGAACAAGGCAACAUUUUAAUGAGGGCUCUUUCUACACAAAUCAAAUAUCUCACUUGGUCUUCAACUGCUUAAUGCCGCAAUCAUGUGCUAGUCAGAACUGGAAAAGCUGUGAACUUGCUAACUUGGUUGAAUGCGGCACGUGUAUAACUACAACCAGUUAGCAAAUCGGACAUUUCAGAGCUUCCUAGUUCCGACUAGCACUUGAAUGCUGCAUAAGUCCACUUGGUGCCCCAACCUUUUCUUGACAAUUGGUUUAUUUUCAUAUUUUUCUGGGCCUGUACUGUAUGUUGAUUCAUUCUUUAAGCAUGCUGUUUUUCUCAGUGUGAUGAAGUUGGUUGGCUGGAGGAGGGAAGAGAUCAAGAUGUUUCUCAGAGAGCAUUGUAAUGCAGUGUUACAUUUUAAGAUUUUUUUUCUUCUCAUUAUUCUUUACAAAUAUUACCAUAGUAGUUAUUCAUUAAUCACUUGCUUGCUGCACAGACAUACACACUUCACACCAGGAAAGAGCAUGUGGACAUUUAGUUCUGACACAUCCGGUGGAAUAGGGCAGAGAACAGAUUCAUAGCACACACGGGUCACUUUGAACUGCUUGUGAUUUUAUUUUCCUUUUUUGAAAACUUUAGUAAAAAAGAAUCAGCAAAGGUCGGUAAUAACUUGUCUGUUAAUUAUUUGAAAUGACUCUCAUAUAGGAAAACUAAAUUUGCCAUGUGUUUUGGAACUGGUGUGGGGGAAAUGUACAGCUUUACCAAUAUUUCAUUAUAACAUUGUAUUCAGCCAUCGCUGUUAGCAAAUGCUCAUAAAUACAUUACUGGAAGUGAGUGUGUUUCCCUAUGCAAAAAAAAGUAUACAAAAUAAUAAACAAGCUAUGCUACAACUCA